AUGGAAUCGUCUUACACACAGCGUGUUAGAAAUAAACACCCGCUUGGUCGAUACGACCCACGUCACAACCCAGAUUCCAAGAAAGAUAAACGACGCGAAAAAAAUUGGUUACGUAGAAUGAAGAAACGCACCCCUGGCGACCCUCGUAUUUACUACCGUGACACCUACAACAUCAACCUAUUUGAUUAUAAAGUCCGACGUCGUUUCGACGUCAGGAAACUACCUAACUACCAAUAUGGUUACUAUGACGCCCUCAAAAUCAGACAACGCUAUCUACAGAGACAACAAACCAUGAUCAUGGAAGACGUUACACACAAAGCUGACGCCAAUGUGCGAUAUAGCAUUAACGAUAAGGACCGAGAUAUUCUCAACGCCCCGGACACCUUCUUACGAAGAACUCCUCCUCCGGAUAACACAACCAUCAGCGAUUUAUCAUACGUCUCAGCUGCAGAUUCGCUUGAGACCAUCAUUUACUCAAUUUACCCGCCUACUCCGGCGCACGAUCAAUAA